AUGAUGUGGAAGUCGUCGUUGUGGGUUGCAUUGGCAUAUGCAGCCACCACUUCGGCCCUGUCUUCCUCUCCAUCUUCGGGGAGCCAUGGCAAAUCCUGUCCUGUCAAUCAUGAUCCGUCUCCCAAUUGGCAUGAGGGGCCCUUCAAAGACAUCAUUCGCUUGAUUGAAGGAUGCCCCGAGGGACGCCCUUUCUGUCGUGAACUCAUUCACGAGUCGUCUGAUGUUAUCACCAAAACCAAAACAGUGACUCCGGUUCCAACUACCGUCAAAUUCACUGAGACUAUCACCGAUCAUUCUCGCCAAGUGACAAAGACGACCACAGAGAGCGUCACCUCGACGAUUGCGCAGUCACCCAUUACCACCACUCUUUAUUCGACUUCGAUUUUGACUCAGACCGUGCCAUUGACGAUCACGGAUCUAUCCACCUCUACCACUGUGGAUGUGUCCACCGUCUUCCUAACUUUGCCGGACUAUGAAACGAUCACCAUACCAGUUACCAGUUAUAUCACAAGUACGGCCACUCAGGUAAUCACUGACGACACGACUGCCACCCUCACUGAGUACUUCACGGACACUACUACCGAAACAUUCCUUAAUACGAUCACCGACUAUGCGACAGUCUUUGUUACAUCCUACAUCACGGACUAUGCUACCAGCUAUGUCACCAAUCUUUACACGGACAUUGCAACCGACACAGUCACAAACUAUCAUACUGAGACCACCACCAUUUCUUUUACUGAUAUCGCCACUGCAACGGCCACUAAUACUAUUUCUGCUACAACCACUCAGGAAGUGGACCUGACUACGACUGAUACCCAAUCCCUGACUACUAUUCAGACUGAUUAUAUCACCUCUACAAACACACUCUCUGCGACGGAGACUGCCUAUACGACUGCCACUAUCACUUCCGUUCAGACUAAUGGCGUCACUGUCACUACGACUGUGGUGACUACAGUGGCCCCGGCCAAGAGGGACGCGAUCAACGAGAUCAACGGCCAUGCUGCAUUACCUACUCCUUCCGUCUUGAGGGGUAUUCAUGACACUCAUCUGUCAAGCGCAUGCUCUAUCCUAUGGGAUGAGAAGUGGCUCUCGACGACGUAUACUACCGAGACAGCUGCACAGCCUACAGUUACCAAGACCACUACCACGCACACCUCGGCCCCUGGAAUCCAUACUAUCUACAUUACAAAGCUUACGACCGAGUUUGUGACCAACGCACCCAGUCUUUUGACUACGGUCGUGGCCAACACAAUCACCACCGAUAUCACAAGCACGACUACAAUCGAAGCCACCUCGACUAUCACUUCCUCGUCUACCACGACUGCCACAGAUAUCCCCACACUGACAAUGACCGUGGAUGCUCUAACCACCGAGACUGACAUCUUGACUGCUACGUUGACAACUGACGUGACAACCUCGACUACCUUGGAUAUUACAUCCCAAGAAACCGCCUCGAUUACGGAAACUGUCACGGCGGACGUGACAAACACUGCCACAACUGAUCUUACAACUGUUCAAACCAAUACGGAGACGAUCGAUAUCACUUCCAGCCAAACAGCCACCCAAACUGCGGACAUUACUGCCAUCGAGACAGCAUCCUUGACGACUACAGAGACCUCGACGACUACUGUUGACAUUACGGAAGUCGCAACGAUAACCUCAACGUCGUACUUCGGUUUUACAACCUCUCUACCGGUCACGCUUCAAAGCACAAUCGUCGAUACAAUCGAUAUCACCAACACCGCAUUCACCACUUCAACCAUCGAUGUGACUAUUACUCAAACAGUCUCCACGACUACCACCACCACAAUCACGUCAACAACCACUAGCUCCCCGACCUGCGGAGUGAACCGCGUCUCCAACUCCGGCUUCGAGAACGCAACCCUCUCUCCCUGGACAUGGACCGGCACUGGUAGUGGACUCCACUCAUUCGUCGCUGGAACAAAUAGCGUCUACGCACUCGAUCUCUACACGAGCAACCCCGGCUCCAGCACAUCGGUCAUCACACAGACUCUUGCCACUACCGCUGGUAAAACAUACACGGUUUCGUUCUCCUAUCAACUGCAGAAUGGAAAUUCUGCAUCCUCUUUACAGUGCUCCUUUAACAACAACUAUGGAACUACGUACACAAUCAGUUUCGCUGGAGUUUCUAAGAACGUUUGGAGGACGUAUCAGGGUUCUUUCGUGGCGAGCUCGUCCUCUACCACGAUUACGUUCAAGCUGAAUACGCCUAAUGUCGCGUCGGCCUAUCUUGAUCAGAUCUCGGUUAUCACACCGUGUUGA